CACGAGUCAGAAUGUGAGGCAUUCACAGGAGAAAGAGUUCAGUUCCGUCCUCACUCAGUGGAUAAACAGAAAAGAGAGAGGAUAGACAGAAAAUGCUGUAAGUCUUAUUAUAAGAUGUUUGUUGUUUUUACUAUGUGGGGAAGCUAAUGUUGUUGUUAGCUAGUGGGGGUCACAGCAUCAGAUCAGGAUCAGGAUCAGGAUGGACCCUCCAUGCCAUUGCUGUUGUGGAGACUAUGCACGGGAGCUCUAGAGAUGGCCGUGGAAAUGUGGACAAAGUUAUGUUUGAACAGAGUGUGCGGUGCAACUUCUUCUCCAGAUUCUAGUUGAAAAGCCUCUAUGACCACCAUGAGCUGGAGCUUUCUAACUCGUCUUCUGGAAGAGAUCCACAACCAUUCCACCUUUGUGGGGAAAGUGUGGCUCACAGUACUCAUCAUAUUCCGUAUCGUGCUGACUGCCGUGGGGGGCGAGUCCAUCUACUCGGACGAGCAGACCAAGUUUACCUGCAACACCAAGCAGCCCGGCUGUGACAACGUGUGCUAUGAUGCCUUCGCUCCGCUUUCACAUGUUCGCUUCUGGGUCUUCCAGAUCAUCAUGAUCUCCACCCCCUCUGUCAUGUACCUGGGCUAUGCCAUACACAAGAUAGCCCGCGCUUCCGAGGUGGAGCGCCGGAAGUUCCACCGCCGGAAGAAGCCCAUUCAGGCCCACAGGUGGAGGGAGAGCCACCCGCUUGAGGAGGUGCUGGAGAAUGAGGACGAUGAUGCAGAGCCCAUGAUCUACCAGGAGGACGUGGUGGAAGUCCAGGAGGUCAAGCUGGAGCCGGCUAAGCCGCAGAAACAUGACGGCCGCCGGCGGAUCAUGCAAGAGGGCCUGAUGAGGAUCUACGUUCUGCAGCUUCUGUCCCGGGCUGUAUUUGAGAUUGGCUUCCUGGUGGGCCAGUAUCUUCUCUAUGGCUUCCAUGUUAAUCCGUUCUAUGUGUGCAAUAAGGUGCCCUGUCCCCACAAGGUAGACUGCUUCAUCUCUCGGCCCACAGAGAAGACCAUAUUCUUGCUCAUCAUGUACGUGGUCAGCUGCCUCUGCCUGCUCCUUAAUGUUUGCGAGAUGUUCCACUUGGGUAUCGGAAAGUUCCGGGACACUCUCCGCAAGAGGAGGAACCAGGGGGGGCGACGGACAUCGUACAGCUACCCAUACUCCCGUAACAUCCCCACCUCUCCCCCCAUGUACAACCUGGUCAUGAAGUCAGACAAGCCCAACAGGAUCAUCCCCAACAGUCUUAUCACCCACCAUGAGAAGAACAUGGCCAACAAUGCCCUGGAACAUCACCAAGAGUGCACCAGUCCAGACGAGAACAUCCCCUCAGACCUGGCCAGCCUACACCGCCACCUACGGGUGGCCCAAGAGCAGCUUGACAUGGCUUUCCAGACCUACAAUACUAACAAGAACCAGCCCACCUCCAGGACAAGUAGUCCAGUGUCUGGGGGCACCAUGGCAGAGCAGAACAGGGUCAACACAGCCCAGGAGAACCAAGGAGCCAGGCCGAAAUCAGCCACUACAGAGAAAGCUGCAACCAUUGUAAAGAACGGAAAGACUUCUGUGUGGAUUUAAGAAUGAUUAACUUCACGUGGUACUGUAAUCAUACUGAAAAGCCAUUUUUCAAUUUCCAGGACCAUAUUCUGUGGAUACUGGAAGAUGUGUGAGAUAUUAAAGAUAUUAAAGGCUUUGGUGCAUGAAUCGAUUGCACUGCCCGAAUACACUGUAAAAAGUACAAUUUCAUUCAACAUACAAUUGUAAGGCAACCAGCUGCAAUAGGAUUGUGAGUUUGCUAAACAACAUUUUCACACACAACUGUUUUGUUGUGAGUUUGCUCAACAACAUGUUUGUUGAGCAAACACACAAUCAUGCUGUACAUCUUUUUACAGUAUAGAUUUAACUUUUGUCACCAACAGAAACCAGCAGUUUAUUUUUUUAAACAUUUUUAGGAACAGUGGGUUAACUGCCUGUUCAGGGGCAGAACGACAGAUUUGUACCUUGUCAGCUUGGGGAUUUGAACUUGCAACAUUUUGGUUACUAGUCCAACACUCUAACCACUAGGCUACGCUGCCGGCCCACUGUGACAUGUCGGAUCAGGAGCACACAAAAUAGGCACAUUGUGACCAACAAUAGUAAACACAUUUGUUUUAAACAAACAAACAAAUACAGUAGUAUGGAUCCUAUUAUUAGUAUGUUAUUGUGUGCUUUAAAUGCCAUAGCCUGAACAUAAUUAAUAUAUGCAUAUGUUGCUUAGUCAAAUUUUUAUAAUUUUUGCGAUUUAUAGGGAGAUAUAAAAUAAACCAUGCUGGCAAUAUAAUUUUACCCUAGCUAUUGAACUGGAUCAAUUUGAAAAAAUAUAUUUAUAAGGGUUUUAACUAUAACAAUUGUGGCCUCGUUAGCCUAGUUAAAAGCAAUGCAGUGGUAAGCACUGUUUAAUGGUACUAUGCUUGAAUCAUGAUGUUUGAAAAAUGGACAGUCAACCAAAUGUGAAGAUUUUUUUGUUGUUGAGAAAUUCAGAACUGUUCAGAUUUGCACUUGUAACUUUUUAACUCAUUUUGAGUUGUAUUAUGACAUUUAGAGAAAUGAUGCAUGAAUAAUUGAUUUGUUUAAUACAUUUUGGAUGUAGUUAGUAUAGGUUUGUUGAAAGAAGAGAUGUGACAUGUUAUGGAACAAAUGGUGUUCCAUCAGCAGCAAAGAUUUGAGCUACACUGUUCUCCAUAAAGUCAUAUUUUAAUUCACUCCACUUCUUAAAGCUUUGUCACGUUAGGCAUAGUCGGAAUAAAUUAGUUUAAGAAGAAAAAGAUCAGUUGUUGUAUUGAAAACUUACCGUAAACCAAUUUCUGAUCAUUUCUGAUGUUUUUGUGGGGCAUAUAAUGCAUGCUACAUUUUUACACAUAUGACAUAUACAAUACAAUGUACAUAGGCAAAAAUCUAUCCUCAUAAAGUUGAUAUUUUCCUAUAUUUAGGAAUCUGUCUUGAAUCAAGUAGUUUUCUGCAUUGUUUUCAUAGUAGAUACAUAAUUCUGCCUUUAGCAUUAUGAUACUCCAGUCCAAAGUGCCUCAAACGGUUAAGAUUGUUCCUGUGUUUAAUUCAAAAAUAAAUAAACCUAGAUUA